AAACCUAAAUCAUAACAAUCACACAUGCAAAUGACCAUCUUCUUCUUCUUCUCCACCACACCAAUCCUUCUCUUUCUCUUCCUUUCAUGGCGGCUUACAGUUUCCACCGGAAAAUAAUGGAAGAGACACCCAACGCCACCAUUUGCUUAAUUCAAUGUGAUCCACAACAAAACCUCAACGGCCUUUGCAUAUCCCUCUGCUCUAAAGUCUGUCCCAACGUUUGCAACACCAUUCAAUCAGCACCGCCGCCCACCGACGAUUACAUCCUUAUUCCACCACCAAUACCCCACCACUCCUCACUCAGUCUUCCCCUCAAGAUCUCCCUUGUUAUCCUCGUUACCACUUUUUCUCUCUUCCUUCUCUACAGCCUCUACAAGUUGUACACUGUCUGGUACCGCUCAAGAAGCCGCCGCCGCCCGCCGCCGCCUGGAAAUCAAGAAACUCUUGAUGAAUUUGUUGAUCACGACGUUCUUGAUCACCCCAUCUGGUACAUCAGGACUAUCGGUCUUCAACCGUCAGUAAUCAAUGCAAUUACCGUCGUGAAAUAUAGUAAAACCGAUGGUCUCAUCGAAGGAGCGGAUUGCUCUGUUUGUUUGAGCGAGUUUCAAGAAGAUGAGACGCUUAGAUUAUUACCCAAGUGUAAUCAUGCUUUUCACAUAUCUUGUAUUGAUACAUGGCUCAGAUCACACACAAAUUGCCCUCUGUGUCGAGCCGGAAUCGUCAAGAACACCACCACUUCGUCUUCAUCCGACCAAAACUUGGAUGAUUCCGGUCAGAUGGAAGAAACCCAGAUGGCGAUUUCGAUUCCAGAGGAGGUUGAUGGAGGACAAAGACUAAGGGAAGAAGAUCAUCAAGGUUCUGAAUUGAGAAUUGGGGUAGUCGAUGAAGAAGAUCUGAAUAAUAACAAUAAUAAAGGAGAAAUGGUUGGUGGAGGUGGAACCAGUGAUUUCUUGAUCAUAAGAAGGGCAGUUUCUUUGAACGAUUAUGCAGCUUGUAGGAUUGGAUCUGAUGUAAAUAAUAAUAAUUAUUAUUCUGAUCGCCAUCAAGUUCAAAUUCAACCUGUUGAAGGUGAUUGGGUGUUGAGUAGAAGGGAUUAGAGACAUGUUCUGAUUUGAAACCAUUCCCAAUUCCAUGAUUCUUGAGGUUUGGAAAGUUCUGUUUUCAAGUGAUCACAGCAGGAGAAAGAACCCUAAUUCAUCAACAUCUUGGCUCCCUUUUUCUUUCAAGUUACAGAUACCAAUUUCUCAUUUCUGGGUGGGAUGUUUUACUAAGUGAGAUAUCUCAACAACUCUCAACAAGCAAAGAGAGUCUUCAUGUUUCAUUUUCCUUUUGAAAUUUCUGUUUUUCAUUUAAAACUGCUUAACAGAACAUAUACUUGUGGUGGUGUUAUGUCUCAAUUGUUCAUUAAAGAACAACUCCCACAAAAAAUAAUGGUUGUAAAAUCUUGUUUUGUUUCUUGAACAAGAAACACAGAAUUAUAAGUGCACAGUUUUGCUGUUAUCAAGUAAUUAUCAGUUCUGUUUUC